AUGAUCACAAACCGAAGGCCCCUGUUCCACCUCGCAUCACUCAGUACUGCCCUAGCAGCACCUCACCUUCAAGCACGCGCCUCUAUCUCAUCUAUAGUGGCAUUCGGUGACGAGCUCUCCGACAACGGUAAUGGCUCUUACGCUCACGGCGUUACUGGUGACCCUGCCACGGUCUACGGUUACGGCACAUGGACUAAUGGUCCUGUCGCUGUCUCUUAUCUAGCAAGCAGUCUCGGCGUUCCGCUCGUUGCAGAUUAUGCCUUUGGUGGCUGCUGUGGAGCAGCAUCGAGCGGCGCAACCCUCGACAGCUCAUACACAGAACCAGACGCAGGCGCACCAUCGCUACAAGACCAAGUCGCGAACUAUAGCGCCGCAGUAAGGAAGGGCGUAUUUCGUCCUAGUUCAAGCUUGGGCUUCAUCUGGGUUGGUCAGAACGAUCUCAGCAAACACACAGAUGCAUUCUGGCUUGGCGACCCGCAUAAUCAGGAGUUUGCAAACAGCCUGAGCACUUACACUGUCACUGCUGUACAGAGACUGCUCGACCUCGGCAUGCCAUAUGUCGUUGUCUCAAAUAUCUACCCCAAGCACAUCGCGCCAGUGACCGCAACCUACCUCUGCGGAGGUACAAACAACGACUGCACCAGGACCUGGGGUCAAGUCAUCAGCAAUGCGAACUCCAAGUUGCAGAAAACGUUGUCCGCAAGCUUCGGAAAGAAAGUCAUCUACUACGACUCUUUCAACUUCAUCUCCUAUCUCGCAGGCAAUGCAUCGUCCCUCGGCUUCACCCAGCCUCUAACAAAGUUCUGCGAUGGACAGGGCGACGCCUCGUGGAACCAGUGCAUGGUUACAGAGACCUCAUCAAGUGGAAACACGAAGAUUGUAGGCUGGAAUACGUUCUUCUGGAUGAAUUUUGUUCAGCCCACGACGAGGGUACAUCAGCUGAUUGGACAGGAUAUGGCGAAGACUGUGAAAAAGGCUCUUGGUCUGUGA